GCACAUGCGCACUUAUCUUGUUCCGGUUCUGAAGCAGACGAGUAAGUUUGGUUUUGUUUUACAACUCCUUCACCGGACCCCACCAUAUACUUUUUGAUAAAACGUUUCAAAAGGAGAGGGAGGCGGGACGCUACUUGAACUGAGCUGAGGUCAUCCGUUCCGGCCCACCAGCCGCCGCGCGUGUUCUGUUCCACCCAGGAAUGAAAGUGCAAUCUGCCAGCCACCAUGUACCAAGACUAUGCCCUUCCAGACUCAUACCAAAACACUUCCAGCAGUGAAGACGAAGGAAUAGACAGUGAAACAGAGGCAGAGCUGUACGCCCAGGUCCACUAUGCUGAAGACUUGAGCACACUUGAUUGUGUGGAUGUUGUGGAAGAAGGGGGUAAUGAAGGAGACAAAGGCCAUGAAGGAUUGGAUAAUAAAGUGGAACGUGGCUAUGGGGAGCAGAAUCAGGGUGGAACAGAGGGAUGGAUGCGCACUGUAGGUGAUGGGGAUGGAGAUAGGGAGGCGAGCCAUGUUCUACCAGUCACACCCAAGCACCAAGCUCACACUGUCCCCGCACACACGAAGGGAGGGAGCAGGGAAGAGAAGGGGGUGGGGAGGACAGAAAGGUCUGGCAAGGCCAAGCGUAGCCGGGCAGAAAGGCGGCCUCUGAAGACGGUCCGGUCUGUUGUGGCAACAGACUCAGACGGCGAACAUGACUCAGAUGGGAGCAGCAUCUCCAAUUACCAAAUACUGGACGGGCGGGCGAUUACAGGCGAUGAACUCCUCGAGCUCAAUGUCGUGGGAAAAAAGGCGGGGGUUUCAGGACUGUCGUCAGGUGAUCCAAUCCUUGCCGAGGAGAACAAGACAGACGCCGACGGUGACGCAGAGCACUGGGAAGUGGACGAGCGGGACAGAGAGAUCCAGUUUGGGAAGUUCCAGCGCAGCAGGUACUACCGUGACAUCAGCCACUCCAGUGUUCGCUGCCGGAACUGUGACCAGGUUGGACACUUGUCCAAGGUCUGCCCCAAACCACCUAGGAAGUCAGCGUGUUUCCUAUGUGGCGGCCGAGACCACCAGUCCUCCACCUGUCCUACUGCUGCCUGCCACUUCUGCUCCACCCCUGGACACCAGACCCGCUACUGUAAGGGCAGGUACCGCUGUGCAGAGAGCGUGUGUCUCCACUGUCACUGGAAGGGACACCUGGCCAGGGACUGUCCUGACAAAUGGAGGCAGUACCAUUCGACAACCGCUGUGGGAACAGCUAUUGUGAAAGGCUCUGGUGACCAAAACAACAACAUCUGGUGCUAUAACUGUGGGACGCAGGGACACUUUGGACAUGACUGCUCCUGGCCCCCCAUGUGUAAAUACCUGUAUCCCACAUCACCCUUCAUAACAGUGUAUGGGGAGUUCACACACAGUGGCAAAGGGAAGAAAAGGAAGUUCGAUUCUGAUAAUGACAACUAUAGGAGCCACAACAAGAGAGCAAGAAGAGAUGGACAAACAUAUCAGUCACCACAUGGGACAAAACAAAACUUUAAAGACAAUAAGAAAUCAAAACUGUCUUAUAUACAGCAGUAUAAAAAGGAACAGAAGAGGGAGAGGAAGAGAGCCAACCGAGCCAGUCAUCAGCAGGGGCAGCAGGGGAGGGGACCUGGGGCAGCAGGACAGUCCAAACAUGACAAGAAGAAAUCUGUCAGUGCUCAGGGAUUUGCCACAUCAUUUAGGGGAUUCAACAAUGGGAAAAAACAGUGGUGACGUCUAGUUAAUAAGCUGAGAUCACAUUGAUUACAGGUGUUAACUUUUUUUUUUAAAUUUAAAGACAAGCUGCUGGAUUAUCCUUUAUCACUGCCUGGCUUGCACGGACAGUAUAUUACCAGAUAUACAGUUACUCUGAUUGUUUGUUUGUUUGUUACACACUUUUAAGAAGUCUUUGGCUGUGAGGCUGGAGCAUCUGAGCCUAAAGAGUUUUCCAUUUGCUUUUGAGAUCAUUUUUGAUUCCUGUAUAUCCCAUUUUAAGUUUGCUUGCUUAGCAAACAUGGGAAUACCUUGAUGGGAACACCUGCCAGUGUUGCCUUGACUUUUGAGAAUUGGCUGGGCAGAGGGAAGUUGCACCAAAGAAAAUACAACUAUCUUGUAAGGGAAGUUGCACCAAAGAAAAUACAACUUUCUUGUAAGAAAAUUCAACAGCCUGUGUCUAACACUAGGAACACACAUCAUUUCACAAGUUGUUUCACACCCAUCAUUCUAUACUGAUUCUCAUGCUUCCUCACAAUUGUGCUCCUGUAUAACAAAUUGUUGCAUGGAAGUGCCUUUCUACUUGGACCCAAUGCACCUGACAGUAAUUAUUAUCUGUUUGUAACCUCCUGUGCAAGGCUACAAAACCAUGUAACAUUACUUCACCUUUAUUUAUAAUAGAGUAUUUAGGGCUAUCAUGAUCACAGAGUAUUUAGGGCUAUCAAGUUGACAGAGGGAGAUUUCAAAUUGCAACAUUUUGAACAUAUUGCACUUUGGAACCACCGGCCGUCAACGGAAUAUCCCUAAAUACGCUGUUUUUAGAAACGACGGAUAUAGGUUACCUCGGGAAUAAAGGUCAAUUGGCAUUAACAUUUUCCACUACCUAUUCUGGCUCAUAAUGUAGAAGUUCUUAUAUGUAGCAUUCAGGUUCAGAAUGUUAUUCAUAAGCUUUGGGUUCCUUAACUCAUACUUUUGGAAUAUGUGUUUUUAAAUCAUUGCUGUCGCUGAACCCCGUUUAGCACAUUUCAAUCAGGAUUGAUGUACAGGCUGUUACAUUGACUAGAUAUUCUAUUAUUUAAUAGAUGAUGAGCAUUAGCUUGUCAUGUACUUGUAGUAACUUAAACAUAGAUUUUGGUUUAUUGCAAGUCAAGUCAAGUCAAGUUAGUAAUUUGGUUCUCAGUCAUUGUAGAGACAUUGUCUUGGUUGGUUAAACUUCUUGUUGCCAAGUUAACACUAAUCAUCAGUGUAAUAUUCCAUGCCAUCAAGUAAUAACAUAUGUUUAUAUUCAACAUAUGUUCAACAGCCCUAUACAAGUACCUUUGCCAAUAAAGAUGGUCAAUGAAGCCCUCA